AUGAAAUCUUUAGCCAAUUCCAUCUUCAUUUUACUAUUGACCUUAUUCUGCAGCCAAACAUGUAUCAUUAACCUUCCAUCUGUAGCUGCAAUAACCUCAAUGAAGCCAGGUGAUGAACUCAAUUACUCACAAGUGCUUGAUUCAGAAGGCGGAAAAUUCCAGUUAGAAUUCUUCUCUAUCCCACAAAAGGAUAAAAAUUAUCUUGGGAUAUGGUAUGCAGGGGAUCCACAGGAUAAGAAAUUAUGGAUAGCCAAUCCAAACACACCUUUAUUGAACAAUUCAGGAUUGCUCACCAUAGACACUACAGGAACAUUGAAAAUCACCAGUGGAGGGAAGACAGUUAUGAAUAUUGCCCCACCUUUAUUGACAGGAAGUUUAGUAGCUAGGCUUCAAGAUUCUGGAAAUUUUGUGCUUCAGGAUGAAACUCGGAACAGGACUUUGUGGCAAAGCUUCGAUCAUCCGACCGAUAGUCUUUUGCCUGGUAUGAAGCUUGGUUAUAACCUUACAACAAAGCAGAAUUGGACUUUAACUUCUUGGUUGAGUAGUUAUAUUCCGGCCUCGGGGGCUUUUACUCUAAGUUUGGAGUCCAUUCAAGAUACAUUUCAGCUGGUUAUACGUCGAAGGGGCGAGGUUUAUUGGACUAGUGGUGGUUGGAGAAAUCAAGGUUUUCCAUUCUUAACUGCACUUAAUGAUUCUUCUAACAGAUAUAGGUAUAAUCUUAACUUGGUGUCUAAAAAAGAUGGUGUGUUCUUCCAAUUUGAUGCUCCAGAGGGAAGUUUCCUGAGUCUUGAGUUGUCCUCAAAUGGGGCUAUUGUUGGUGGUGGUGAAGACAGUCGUGUAUACGCCCUUUAUAAUGAGUUCUGUUAUGGUUAUGAAAGUAACGAUGGUUGUGUCUCUAGUCAGUUGCCUGAGUGCCGAAAAGAUGGUAAUAAAUUUGAGCAAAAGAGUGGAGACUUUAUUGAUAGAUCUAAUGCUAAUUAUUAUGAUAAUGCAAGCAUUAGUCUUGGUGAUUGUAUGCAGAAGUGUUGGGAGAACUGCAGUUGUGUUGGCUUCACCACCACCAGCAAUGGAACAGGCUGCCUAAUUUGGAACGGAAAUGGGGAGUUUCGAGUCGAUGAGAGUGGUAACACAGUGAAGAAAUAUGUACUGGUUUCAUCAAAAGGUAAAUCCUUAUAUCAGGAAUACACCUUGUUUAUGAACUAAAUAUAUUUCCUAUAGGUCAAGGGUCAACUUUAUAACACUCUGCAACCUAUGCCUGCAGGAAAACAGAAAAGUCGG